GUGUGACUUUAUCUGCAGAAGGAGACGAGGGGUAGCCCAAGAAGAGCUCACGAGACUUGGUGUGGUAUCGUUGAUGGGUUCAGUGCAGGUAGUUUAGUACAUAGAGAAAUGAGCUCAGAGGAGUAGGAAACUUCAAAGGGAGAACCAAAUCCACAAAUCCACGGACGUGAAUCUCACGGCUCAAUUACAGUGAAUUCGUUAUCUUAAGAUCCGAGCUGGCUACUCUUCCCCUCUUUUCCAAAUUCCAAUUUCUAGUCCCUCCUCCCCCUCCUCGCGCAACAGAGUAAAGUUGCCACCGCCGUUUCCCAAUCAAAAUUAUAGCGAAAGGCGGAGAGAGAAAGCUCGUUAAGAGAGUUAAAAGAAAGAAAGGAACUUCAAAUACAGAGAGAGAGAGACACUCAAAAUCUUAAUUUUUUGUCUUCAAAGAUCUUCCUGUCUCUGGUCCUCAAAGCUGGUCGCCGGUCGCCAGGCGUGGCGUUGUGAGCGAGUUGCUGGUUUGAUGGACUGAUACAGGCUUAGUAGUGAGGUGGGUUAGGCUUAGAAGAUGGCUAUUGCUGAAGAAAAAUCUCAUUCUGAAGGCAAGGUUUGGAGUCUCUGUCGAUUGCCCUUUUGGCAUUCAGGAAAUGCUUCUUCGUCGUCUUCUUCACAGAACCUUCAUCACCAGCAGAAUCAAAACAAUCAACAUGUUGAUGGUUCCAAUCAUCAUUCUUCAAGCACCGUUUCAUCAGUCGCUAGAUCUUUGCUUCCCACUCGCCGUAGACUCCGUCUUGAUCCUCGCAACAAGCUCUACUUCCCCUAUGAACCUGGUAAACAAGUCAGAAGCGCGAUCAGGAUAAAAAACACUAGCAAGUCGAACGUAGCUUUCAAGUUUCAAACAACAGCGCCAAAAAGCUGCUUCAUGCGACCUCCAGGGGGUAUCCUUACUCCUGGAGAAAGUCUCAUUGCAACUGUUUUCAAGUUUGUGGAGCAUCCUGAAAACAAUGAGAAGCAUCCAGAUCAGAAGAGCAAGGUUAAAUUUAAGAUUGUUAGCCUAAAAGUAAAAGGAGUAAUGGACUAUGUGCCUGAGUUGUUUGAUGAGCAGAAAGAUCAAGUAGCAGUUGAGCAGAUUCUGAGGGUCAUAUUCUUAGAUGCAGAACGUCCUAGCCCUGCGAUGGAUAAACUUAAGCGACAGUUGGCUGAUGCCGAGGCUGCACUGGAAGCGAAGAAGAAACCCCCAGAGGACACAGGCCCAAGAAUUGUUGGGGAAGGACUUGUUAUAGAUGAAUGGAAAGAACGAAGGGAAAGAUACCUGGCUCAGCAGCAGGUUGAAGGUGUUGAUUCAGUGUAAAGUGGAAAAUGCUUUUGUUGUAAGCCAUUCUUUACUUGACUGAAUCAUUAUGUACUGUGGAUAUAGAACCUAUCAAUUUCAACCCCUUUUGUCUAAGGGUUUAUAGUGUCCGGUUUAUAUCUACGUCUAGAAAAUAAUAACGUGUUUGGUGUCAUAAAAUGUGAGAUGUAUCUAAUGGAGUUUACUGUAGUUGAGUCUGUGCUUAUAUCCUCUUACUUGUAGAUAACAGGAUUUUGUUUCUUGCGGAGUGGUUGUUUACCAUGGCAACUAAUGGUUAGAAUUGUUCUUUUUCUCA